AAUCAGGCUAAAUGAUUUGGCGUUAGUCUUGCCAAGUUAAAACAACCCAAGUUUUCUUCACCAAUUUAGAAUUAGAGAUUCAGAAAAGAGUUUACCCAAUUACCCGUCAAUUCAUCAUACGGGUGACCCGAAUUAAUCCAACCCGACCCGAAUUUCCUGAAUAGUUAACUGUCUUCUCUUCCCCAAAAUCUCACAUAAACCCUACACUUUCUUCUUCAUCUUUCUCUCUUUCUUUGCACUUCAAUUGCAGAACAAAAUUUAAAAUAAAAAAAUAAAUAAAAAUCUAAAAAAAUGAUAAAGAGAAGAUUCUACAGAGCAGACCGCGGCGACAACGACAAAGACGACGCAUCAUCGGAUUCUUCAUCGGAUUCCGAGGUUGAAGUUCGGAGCUCCGAUGAAUCGGAAGAAGAUGAACCAACACACAAUCAAGACGAACCCGAUUCCAACGUUGAUGCUGAUGAUGAUGACGACAAUGAAGAUGAUGUUCCAGCUCCUUCGAAACUCCAACACCCUUCUUCCUCUUCUUCUGGGUAUGAGAGUGAAGAUAGUUCUGCUAAUGAAAUUGAUGCUGAAUCAGGAGGUUUACUCGAAAAUGAUGAUGACAGUGGAUCUGAGAAAGAUGGUGAUCAACUAAAGGAGAGCCUCUUAUCCAGCAAAGAUAGUGGUGAAACAAUUGAGACACAGACUGAAGAUCAAUCAGCUGUGGAUGAUCUUCCAAGAUGCGUUUUGAAAAGCAAAUCAGUAUUCAAGUGCAGGCUUUGUCCGAAAAUUGUCUGUCUGAACGAGGAGAGUUUGAAAACCCACCUCAAAUCCAAGAGACAUUCAAGAUCACAGAAAUUACUGAAUGAAGGAAGAUUGAGGCGUUAUCUCAAUAGCGAUGGGGAAGAAGAAGUAGUAUCUGACGAUGAUUGUGAGACUCAUGCCGAAAGACAUGCAAGGAUUAUUGCCCUGGCACAGGACACAUCAGUGAAGAAAAGCAAAGGGCGGCAACGGCAAAGACAACGAUUAAAAAGAAAGAAGAAUCCUUCGACCGAGCCAGGCUCCGGACAACAGAAGGAGAACCGUGCUAAGAGGAGAAGAAAAAAUGCAGAUUGAUCCGAGUGUUUCAUACAUGGGGAAGACAGUGCUGUUACAUAUACACCGUAGCAAUUUGUUAUAGCCUGUAAACUGUUGUGAUACCGGAUACUGUUUUGUCAUCCAAAUUUUACAUUCCAAACACCUAUAAUCUUUUAUUCAUAUCUUGAUUCUUGAUGUUAUUGUAUACAUUUGCGGGGGUGGUUUGCAUAGUUUGUUGCAGUGGCCAGUGGUAGCCUUUCGUUGAAAAUUUGUUAGCAAAAAUUAA